GAUGUGUAAACAUCUUUGGUCAACGAAAACCGAAUUUGCUCUUCCUUUGAAACAACCCUUUGAAGUACCCUUUAGGAACUGUUUCCUUAAGAUAGAGAAUAUUACAAGUGAACGAUCCUAAUUAUUACUAAGCCAUAUGUUUUGUCAGUUUUGUUUAAUGUGUGAACCACAAGCAUUUGUUGUCACUCAUACAGAGACAAUCAUGGGGGGAAAAAACGAAAAAUAUUUAAUUCAACAUCGACUUAUCAACAUGGAAUUGCCCUGUCUACUGAACUUCAUACUACAAAAUAUUCACUCCAAAGGGUUAACUAUACAUCCUUUUUUUCUCUCUAGGACUUUUUGAUGACUUUGCAAACCACGCAACAAUUCAGCACAAUGGCAUUUGGCGUCACGUUGGCAUGUGGUGACAGAAUCACAGGAUUACAGGAGAUUCUUCCCGCUCUGAAAAUUCGCGAACCUUAAAUAGCAGAGAAUAACAGCACAGCCUAUCUAAUGUACAAUGAUGGAAUUCCCAAAUCUUUGAAUUACAGCAGCAAGUAUGGACACACCAAAGGUUUACUGCUGUGGAACAAAGUCCAUGGGUUUUGGCUGAUUCACUCUAUUCCUCACUUUCCUCCAAUUCCUGAAGAAGGCUAUGAGUAUCCGUCCUCAGGGAGACGAUAUGGACAAACUGGCAUCUGUGUAACUUUCAAGUACAACCAGUAUGAAGCAAUAGAUUCUCAGCUCUUGGUCUGCAACCCAAACAUUUAUAGCUGUUCCAUCCCAACUACCUUUCACCAGGAGCUCACUCACAUUCCCAAGCUGUGUGCCAGGUCCAACUCAUCAAACAUCCCUCGCCGGCGCCUCACCACACUUCAGUCAGCCCAGGGACAAAAAUUCCUCCAUUUUGCAAAGUCUAAAUCUUUUCCUGAUGACAUUUCUGCAGCCUGGAUGGCUCAACAGUUGAAGACACACUUGCUAGCAGAAACCUGGCAGCGAAACAAAUCAGUGCUUCCUUCAAACUGCUCCCUUCCUUACCACGUCUAUAACAUCAAAGCAAUUAAGAUAUCUGGACAAUCUCAUUUCAGUUCUUCUAAGGAUCAUGCCAAAUGGUGUAUUUCCAAAAAAGGUGCCAGAAAUCGCUGGACGUGUAUUGGGGACCUAAAUCGGAGCCCACACCAAGCCUUCAGAAGUGGAGGAUUCAUUUGUACCCAGAAUCAGCAUAUUUACCAAGCAUUUCAAGGAUUAGUUUUGUAUUAUGAGAACUGUAACCAAACUUGGUGAAGGGGUAUAUGUACUAUCGUUUUGAACACUGACAGUAGGUCGUCUUCCAUUAGUUCUAUUCUUUAUACAUUAAAGCCUGUAAAUGUACUCAUAGUCCACAUAUCAUCUAGUAAAACACCUUUCUCCAAUGUUUACCAUCUCAUCUUCUAAUUAGUGGCAAUUUAUCUACUUUGCAUUUAUAUUCCCUAAACAUAAAAACUAUUUUAUAUAACUAAGAAAAUGAAAAGAAUGAAAGGAAAAAUAUUUGUUCCAGAUUAGUCAACUAUGUUGUUCAUGGAUUGACUGGCCAUCUCAAAGAUUAAAUUUCAUCUCCUUCACAAAGAAUUCCCUGACUCUCCUCCCCACCCCCUUUUGAAGAAAAAAAAAUCUAUAUAUAUAUAUAUUCUUCCUACUAUUUAGUCAUAUUCCUCUUAAAGUUCUUUCUCGCUGGUUUACGGUUAAGUAAUGUCAUUCUUGUAGCUGCUACUUACUAACUGUAUGUCUUGGGCCAUUCACUUGAACUCUCUGAGCCUUGGGUUUUCUUAUCUAUGAAAUGGAGAUAAUAUCUGGGUAUGUUUGAGCACUUAGCACAGAGCCUGACACAGAGCUGACACUUAAAAAUACUAGUUGCAUUUUAAUCUGAAUCUUCCAUCCCCACCCAGCAAGAAAAGAGGAAAAAAACGUUUAGAAAUGAGUAAUAUGUUUCCAAAAAAUUUUUUAAGUCAGAUUAGGAGAAGGAAAUAAAACAGCAUCUAAGUGCAACCGAUCUAUUUAGGUGAAAUAAAGAAGUAUAAUAUAAAGAAACCAGAAUCAAAUCUAAUAAUCUUAAUUCCAAUAUGUUUCAUUUUCUGUAAUUCUUAUCACUAAACAUAACUAUUAUAUAAAUGAAUAAUAAUAAAUUUGUAUUAAGUACUAAUUACUUAAUAAAGUUUGAGAUAUGAUUCCCAAUUUCAAGAAGCUUACAAUCUAGCAAAAGUAAUCACAACAAUAACUAGAACUAGGACUUAUUGAGUAUUUAUCAUGCAGUAAACACUGAACCCACAUUUUAUUUAAUCUUUAUAACAAUGCUACACAGUAAGAAUUGUUGUUAUCCACAUUUUACUGACAAAGAAACUGAGGCCUACAGAGUUUCAGAAACUUGCCUUGUGUUACAAAGGUCUAUCUUACCUCUAAGGCUAUGCUCUUAACUUCUAUCCCAAGAAACAAGAAAAUGAUGCAAUAUAGGAUAAUAUUUAUCUUGAUAUCUCAAUACCAACCAAAACUCAUGAGACCUCAUGGCACUGGUUUAAUGACAAGCAGAGAAAAAGCUAAGUUUAUCUUCCUGUCAGAAGAAAGCAUAAGCUAUGGGUAUGUGGAACACUAACUAGCGAACUUAAAUGCUUGAAAAUAUGAAAAGGCUUGAAAAAUAUGUUUUGGGCUUCUCAAAGAGCAUCUAAGCAUAAACAAUUCCAAUAAAAUAGAAUUAAAAAAGUGAAAUUAAAAAGCAUAAGAGCCUGACUUUAAAGUUAAAGAGGUUCAAAACUUGAUCCAAUAGUAUAGAGAGGAAUAAAUGAAAAGGUAAAAGAGAAAGUAAAAGCGAAGGAAUUCUACUGAACUAAAAAUAUACAGUAAGUAUGAGCCUCCUCCCCAGAAAGGUAAAUCCGUAACUUCUAGGAAAGUGCUCAACAGAACAGUCUGAAAGAGAAGAGAAUCAAAACCAGAACCCACAGAAUAAAGAGUAGAAAAAUGUAUCAAAUAUAUGGUGAUGGAAGGAGAACUGACUCUGG